GGGGUUAUGGAUGAAACUGGUAUCUUUUCAGUUGUCUGUUGGCAUGGAAUUGUUCAGUUCCUCAUCAAUAUGGUUCAAAGUGGAGAGCUAACAAAAUAUCCAUUGGCUUCCGUCAAGAAGCUCAUACAUACAUUUGGCAAGAACAUUCUGUUUGCCUAUGAUGUUGGGUGUACGUUCUCGGCAACCUUGUUGAAGUCAUCAGUUGGGGAUUUGGCAAGAGAAGCCAAUUUCAGGUGUUGUACUGGCUCUUUUCAUGGCACUGCUCAUGAAAGGUCUUGCCAGCUGGAAUACAUUAUUGGCUUACAGAAAGGUGCAGGCAUAGAGGAUGGCGAAGGGAACAAACGAGUCUACUCAGAGAGCAAUGCCCUUGCACCCGUGGUUUGCCAUGCAUCACCCUAUUACCGCCACCUUCAUAUCCACAUCCAUUUCUCCAAAUGGGACGAAAUCAAAUAUGAAAAACUAGGUGGGUCUUCUUAUUGCGCUUCUAUCCUAAUCACCAUGGAUGGUAUUGUACUUUGA